AAAUGUGUUGCGAUUGCGACGGAAGGCGGUACACACACUCGCGUACGGUCCGCAAAUCGAAGUCGAAAAAUAUUUUUGAAAAUGUCGGAGGUUUUUACAAAGCAUCAUUAAAGUGUAACCAACUAAUUAAGGUUCUAUUUUAAAAAUCCCGAAAGUGAAACUAUAACAAAUUAAAUUAAAUAGAAACCACAGCCUAAAACUUGUGUGUAACCAUAACUCAUAAAUUUGUGUUAAUGACCUAGCAUACCUAGAAAAAGAGCUUAAACCACGUUAAAAAUGGUAAUAAUCAACUGACUAAAUUAACUGUGCCAUCGUAAUUAGUAUCAGCAAUUAAAUUCAGCAACUUGUUGAACUACCAAAAUUGUUUUGUAAAAUAUAACAAAAUCGUAGUGAAGUGAAAAAUGACCAAGUAUAAUAGUGGCAGCAGUGAAAUGCCUGCGGCUCAAACCAUCAAGCAGGAGUACCACAAUGGCUAUGGUCAGCCGACACAUCCUGGAUACGGAUUUAGCGCCUAUAGCCAACAGAAUCCGAUAGCCCAUCCCGGCCAGAAUCCACACCAGACACUGCAGAAUUUCUUUAGCCGCUUCAAUGCCGUCGGUGAUGCGAGUGCGGGAAAUGGUGGAGCGGCUUCCAUCUCAGCCAACGGAUCGGGUUCGUCUUGCAACUACAGUCAUGCGAAUCAUAAUCCGGUUGAGCUGGACAAGCCAUUGGGCAUGAAUAUGACACCGUCGCCCAUCUACACCACCGACUACGAUGACGAGAACAGCAGUCUCAGCUCCGAGGAGCACGUCCUGGCGCCCCUCGUCUGCUCCUCCGCCCAAUCCUCCAGACCAUGCCUCACCUGGGCCUGCAAGGCGUGCAAAAAGAAGAGCGUCACCGUGGACCGUCGGAAAGCGGCCACUAUGAGGGAACGCCGGAGACUGCGAAAGGUUAACGAGGCCUUCGAGAUCCUCAAGCGACGCACUUCAUCCAAUCCCAACCAGCGCCUGCCGAAGGUUGAGAUAUUGCGCAAUGCCAUCGAGUAUAUCGAGAGCCUGGAGGAUCUGCUACAGGAAUCCAGUACCACACGCGAUGGCGACAACCUGGCGCCCAGUUUGAGCGGCAAAAGCUGCCAGUCCGAUUAUCUGAGCUCCUAUGCUGGCGCUUAUCUAGAAGAUAAACUUAGUUUUUACAACAAACAUAUGGAGAAAUAUGGUCAGUUUACAGACUUUGAUGGCAAUGCCAAUGGCUCCAGUUUGGACUGUCUAAAUCUGAUUGUUCAGAGCAUCAAUAAGAGCACCACGAGUCCCAUUCAAAAUAAGGCCACGCCCUCCGCUUCAGAUACCCAAUCGCCGCCCUCAUCCGGAGCAACUGCACCCACUUCUCUGCACGUGAACUUCAAACGGAAGUGCAGCACUUAGCACUUAAGUAUCAGCACCUUAGGCAAUUGUAAAGCUAUUUUUAAGAGGAUACACGAGAUACCCAGUGACCCGAAUAGGCCUUAAAUUAUUUGUAUAGCAUUAGAACUUAAUUAAAUGGUAAUUCAAAACAGC